AUGCUGCUGUACAACGUCUACCUAGCCACUGCAGCAGCGCUGCUCGGCCUCUCAACCGCAGCACGGUCACAGUCGCCAAGCACUGCCGUUGACCAGCGCAGCGCACAAGACGUCGUCCAGCAGCUGCAGCUGGCGCCCAACCCAGAGAAGGGCUACUACAUUCAGACCUUUGAAGAUCCCGCCCGUGUCAACAAUCGCUCCGUCAGCACCGCCAUCUAUUACCUGCUCGAGGGCUCUGCAGGCCAGUCCGUGUGGCACCGCCUGCUCGACGCGGCCGAGGUUUGGCACUACUACGCGGGUGCGCCGCUCACAUUGUCCUUGUCUCUAGACGACGGAAACCCGGUAGUCAGACACGUCCUGGGACCCGACAUCUUUUGCAAUCAGAGGCCACAAGUUGUCAUCCCCAGCGGCACGUGGCAAAGUGCGCAUUCUCUGGGCUCUUGGACUUUGGUGGGAACUACAGUCGCGCCCGGCUUUAUCGAGAAUGGAACAGUGCUCGCAGACCCUGGCUGGCAGCCUAGGGGGGCUUGA